AUGGACAAGUAUCAGAAGACCGUUCGACGCGUUAAGAGCCUGACGCCAGAGCUCGCCCUUCACUAUAUCCUGCCGGCUCUGAAGCCAGGACCGUUUAAGGAUAGCGUCUGCAGGCGAGCGCCCAAAACAAUGGAGGAGUUAAGGGAACGGGCGGCGGACGAGAUAAGGGUGGAAGAGAUGAAACUCUCCUACAGAAAAGAGAAUCAAGAAGCCAGAGAACCAAGGACGGACGGUAAUAAGCCCGGCUCUUCGACGGGAAAAACGUCCGAUCCUAGGCCCCGGGAGCAGAGAAAGGGGCCCCGUUUCCCACAGUAUACACCUCUAAAUGCCUCGAGGGAGAAAAUUCUCCGAGAGGCCCUGAGUGCGGAAUUGAUACCGGAGCGGGAAGCGAACCCGACUCCGAAGAAUGCUGAUUGGAGCAAACACUGUGCGUACCAUAAAAAUAUGGGUCAUACCACCGAGGAUUGCUGGACCCUCCGGGAUAAGAUAGAAGAGCUCAUCCGGGCGGGAAAGCUUAAAAAAUACGUACGUGAGGAGCGCCUGCCGCAAUCAACCGAACGGCCUGCUCAAAGGUCGACGUACCGAAAGGAGAAGCCGAGGAGCGCGCGAGCGGAACGACCCCGCUCAGAGAGGCGACCAAGCCGAAGUCGAAGCCGCAGCCGUGAACGUCCCUUGAGGGGACAUAUCAACACUAUUUCCGGAGGAUUCGCGGGAGGAGGAUCGUCUUCCUCCGCCCGUAAACGACAUGUUCGGGCCCUCCAAUCCGUGCAUUUAGUGGACAAGCCACGCCGCUCCAUGCCACCCAUUACCUUUUCGGACGAGGACUUUCACGCCCCUGAUCCUGACCAAGACGACCCGAUGGUCAUAACGGCAGAGAUAGCGCGGUAUGGGAUCAGUAAGGUUCUGGUUGACCAAGGAAGCUCGGUCAACAUCCUCUAUUGGAAGACCUUCCUGCAGAUGGAUAUCUCGGAGGACCUCAUCGUCCCUUAUGAUGGGCAGAUAGUGGGCUUCGCGGGAGAAAGGGUCGAUACUAGGGGAUACGUGGAAUUGAGAACAAGGUUGGGAACCGGACGCUCCAGCGAGGAGAAAAGGGUCCGAUACCUGCUGGUAGAGGCUAACACGUCGUAUAACGUACUGCUCGGAAGGCCAUGUCUUAACGCGUUUGGGGCGAUCGUCUCUACCCCUCACCUCACGAUGAAGUACCCCUCCGAAAAGGGAACAAUCUGUACGGUCCGGGCGGACCAGAAGACGGCGAGGGAGUGUUACGCGGCGGGGUUGAAGUUGCACGUCUGA